UGUUAUUUUGGUUCCAAUAGCCGGCUCUAUUGAUUACGAACAUGAUUGAACAUGAUUAGGAUGUACUCAGCAAGCGGUUUAAUUGCUUAUUCAUGUGUUGCUAUUUCGAUAUAAUGUGUUCGUUAGCCUUGUCGAUGCCCUCGACGUCUACAGCAGACGCGUCAAAAGAUGGACCAUGUUCCUUAGAAGAGGUUCGUCAUUUCCAGGAAACCGAUCGGAUCGAGCACUGCGCCCCUAUCGAGAGCUCCGAACACCACAUAGUUCUCUAUCAGCUUCCUUACGAUACGAAGGGUACUGAAACACCCGUGCCACAACAGCACCAGCGUAUUGCGCUGCUGGAGAAAGUGGAUUUCGGGUUUGCAUCGGUGUACGAGGACAACACGACGUGCCGGUGGGCGAGAGUAUGUCAUAUGCUCGAUGACAAGAUCUUGGAUUCACGGCAACUUGAGGCAGUUAUACGCUCGUACAACCCAGCUAUAAAGCACGGUGACAUCCAGUUCAAGGCGCUGCAUCUCCUACUUGGCAAGCAAUGCGAGAUAAAUGAGCGCAACACUUUCUUCGGGACAACACUGCCUAAAAUUGUGAAGCUGGCUAGACGACUACCUGAGCUCUUCCCCGUGCUGUUGCCCCGGCUUAUGGCUGGAAGCAACCUUGCCGUCUCCAUGAGUCAGGAGCAGGCCGCCUGUCUAGUGGCAAACGCUUUUUUAUGUACCCUCCCUGAUCCUAAUGAGCGGAUGCAUGGUCGGACCAUUCGCUUCAGCAACCCAAACUUCGUUGCCUUGUAUGGCAGAGGAGAGUCAGCCGCAUUGCAAAAACUCAAGUGCUUGCUUAACUACCUGCGGCGCGUUUGUGAUCGCAUGCCAAACGGUGUCCUAACGUACGAACGUCGAUCGCUAGAUAAGCGGGGGAAACUGGUGUGGUGGAACGCAUCAUCACCCACAUUCAGUCGAGAGCGCGGGCCGUUGCGCGUGUCCGUCGGAGGAAGUAUCGAUGGUCCAUCCGCUGACGGGCUGCUACAGAUGAUUUUCGCCAAUCCGCGCGUUGGAGGGGGCGUGAUAGGCGCCGGUUGCGUGCAAGAGGAAAUUCGGUUUGUGAUAAAUCCGGAGCUUCUUGUCGCGCGUAUUCUGUUCGAAGAGCUGCAGAGAAACGAGGCGUACUUCGUGUACGGUACGGAACAGUACAGCACGUUCAGUAACUACGCGGCAUCAUUCCGUUAUCGGGGCGACUAUUACGAUACGCGGUCUCGCGAUUCUAGUGGUCGGCGCCGCUGCUAUAUUGUCGGCUUGGAUGCAUUGCAGGUGCGCAACGACCCGGACCAGCAGUUUUGCGAGGUGGCUAUUCGACGCGAGCUACGCAAAGCAUAUGUGGGCUUUAAGUCCACGCUCGUCGAUGCAGGCACACCGGUACCUGGUAUCGCAACCGGGAACUGGGGCUGCGGUGCGUUCGGGGGUGACGUUCAGCUGAAGGCUCUAGUUCAGUUAAUGAUGGCUUGCAUUACCAAGCGUCCCUUGCUCUACUUCACAUGGGACGAUGCCGAGUUACGGGAUGACAUUGUUGCGAUGUAUAAUGUGCUGACAGCUCGCAGCGUACCUGUGGCGACACUAUACGACAUCCUCGUGCGGUACCAGACGGAGCGGAACACUAAUCAGGACCUCUUUUCUUUCGUACGCCAACAACUAGCUGAAGUUUGAGUACGCAUUCUUUUAGUGUUAGAAUCAGAAUUUUCGAAAUCAUGUAAUCAACUGAAAGGUUGUUUCGAGAUCGAUUCCAAUUUGUACAUUGAAAUUGUUUUACUUCACUUUAUUACUUUUUAUUUUAUCUUCUUGCAUGGUGUCCUACGAGCAGGAAUUGUUGAUGCACGUGGGAAAUGGUAGUCAAAACAUUAUGCCUAAUGCUAUGGUUUUGUAUUCAAUAAAAAAACGAG